UCAUACAUUGUUCGUCAUUCUGGACGACUACCAUUGUCAAAAACCCGAUAAAAUUUUCAGUCUCAAAGGCAGUGAAACAAAAGCCACUGAAGGCCGUCAACUUGAGCAGUGGACGAUCGUCAUCCACCACCGAAGUCCGCCUUCCUUCUUCCCCUUUCACUGCGAGCCUUAUCCUCCUCUCUUCUAUAAUCUCCACCACCGAAACAGCAGGAAUUCAAAAACCAGUGAAAGAAAAGCCAUCGCGGUAGGGUCUGCUGCAACUCCAAAACCGUUGAAAGAAAGCCAUCGCUGCACAAAAGAAGGAAAUCCCAAAAAAGUGUCUGCUGGAACUCCAAAACCGUCGCACUGACUUAUGGUUUCUGGAUGCAGGAAACCGUUUCCUUCUGUGCCUUGAUUUGGCUUCUGUAUCUCAAAUUUCCAUUUCACCUUCUCCAAGCUAUACCCCAACGGCCAUUAAUCAAAGUGUUGAUGAUAGGAGUGAGCUUGAUUGCAGAUAGAAGUCAGCUUGGAAUCCAUUCCAGUGAAUACUAGUAAUCAUCUUUUACCAAAAAGAAGAAAAAAAAAUUACUAGUAAUCAUCGCCAUCUGCAUUGCUGUGGUGAUCUCAGAUGGAUGAUAAAGAGAAAAAGCUGUUAUUGGAGUUGGAGGAUAAGGCAUCCUCCAUUUUGUCAGAGUUUAUGCUGCGAACCACAAAGUUUGAGGAGCUUGUGUCAGUGGGCAGUAAGUUCCUUGUUGGGUUUCAUGAAGCUGUAGAGUUGCUUCAAAGGCCUGCAGUACACAAGGCAUCUGAAGUGGUAGAUGGUAUCAUAAAAGCUAAUGAAACUAAGAGGUUGAAAGCGUAUGUACAAGCAGGAUGUAUAAAUGGUCAUGAUGGUGUGCAAAAUAUAAGCAAGUUAUGCGAUUGCCAACGAGGACUUCAAGAAUAUUUAGCUGAAGCAAAAGUUCUGCUCAAUGAAAUUCAGUGCUUCAUAGAUGAUAUAGUUAGUGUAUUGCGAACAUCAAAUGAUAUUGGUCAUUCUGGUGAUGGGAUGGUACUUCAGGACACAUCUUUUGAAGAGGAGGCAAUGGAAUUGCGCAGUGUUCAAAAACCUGAAGUUAUAGAAUGUGCUUCUAUAAUGGGGACCAUUUACAGUAUGGUGAAACAAGACUAUACGAUGCAGGAAAAGAUAAUCUGUUCUCUAAGUCUCGAGUCAACAUCAGCAGAAUUGCAGAGCUACUGCCUCAUGUGGUCUUUGCGGCCUUUCAUAAAUGAUGACAUUAUGCAUCAAGCAUGGAAAUUAAUUCCACAACUAUAAAUCCUUGUCGUGUCCAAAAUGAUCAUUUACUGACAAAUGAAAAUCCACAUUUCUUUUUAUCUUGCAUACUAUGCCAAGUCUUUGAACGAGAAUUUUUGUCUGUUUCUUUUGUCCCUGGUUUUUUUCUGUCUGCGUUCAGUUCCCCGCCCAGGCCCUGUAGUAGCAGGAGCCUUGUGCAUUGGGAUGGUCUUUAUGGUUCUAGUAUGUUUUGAUAAGGGUGAAAAAUAGUCAUUUUGGUAACAA